AUGGCUUGGACGAGAUGCUACGACGUAUUCGCGGCGCACGAGAUCGAGCAGCUUAGCUGCAUUGAGUAUAUGCUUACACAGGACAUAAGAGUUGCUUCGAAGUGCAACCCGCUCAUCGCGACCGAUCAUGUCAUCGGCGAUGGUCGGAUAGAGGAGAUUGUCUCUCGCGGAUUAUGCUAUGUGCGGAAGAUUAUAAACGCUCCUAGAAUUCCGGAGGUGAUGGUUGAGCUCCUACCCAGAAUUCCCGGAAGAACUACCCCUUCUAAGAGAAGAGUUUCUAUACCGAUACACGGAACUGUUUCGACCACAGCCUUCGUCGGGGGUGGGCAGAAGCACCAAGCUACGUGA